AUGGCGACACUUAACCUGAAAGAUGGUCAAUCGCUUGCAGAUCCUGCAUUGCUGGAUAAGAUUGAUAAGUCAUUCGCCUGUAAUGUCGGCGAAUAUAUCAAUCUUCCACAACUUGUUGUCGUCGGAGAUCAGUCGAGUGGCAAAAGUUCCGUCUUGGAAGGCUUGACGAAGCUAGCGUUUCCUCGGGAUAGCGGCCUUUGCACGAGAUUUGCGACUCAGAUCAUUUUCCGCCGGGUCGAGAAUGUACAAAGAAGCAUUAAGGCAUCUAUUAUUCCUGGGCCUACGGUUGAGAACGCACGUGCAGUUCAGCUUCGAGACUGGAAGAUGGAAGAUUUACAGACUUUGAGUGUCGACAGAUUCUCACGUAUGAUGUCAGAGGUUCACGCCCACAUGGGACUUUCUACCUCCAAGGAAGAUGGAUUACCAACGUUUUCUGAUAGCGUCCUGCGGCUAGAAAUUUGUGGGCCCGAUGAAGAUCAUCUCAGUGUGAUUGACGUGCCUGGCAUCUUUCGAACGACCACUAUGGGAGUAACCACUCCGAAAGACAUAACUAUGGUGCGAGAGAUGGUUUUGAGAUACAUGCAAAACCCGCGCUCGAUCAUGCUUGCCGUUGUGCCAGCCAACGUUGAUAUUGUCACACAAGAGAUUAUUGAAUUAGCUCAAGAAGUGGACCCGGAAGGUGAAAGGACCUUGGGCGUUCUCACGAAACCAGAUUUGGUUGAUCCAGGAGCGGAAAGCAAGUUGGGUUGGAUCGUGGUUCGCAAUUUGGGCCAGAAGGAAGUCCAGGAACAGAAUGUAGAUCGAGAUGGAGCGGAAGCGAAGCUCCUUCAAGUCUCCCCGUGGAACAAUCUCGGAAAAGACCGAUUCGGCAUUGAGGCUUUGAAAUCACGUCUUCAGGAGACUGUGACUGCGAAUGCCAGACGAGCAUUCCCAUCGGUGCGUGCUGAGAUUAGCAGAAAGCUACGGACAUGUCAAGAUCAGCUUGAAGCCCUCGGGGGAGAACGUGAGACAUCAGAGCAACAAAUAAGAUAUCUGCUUAAUGUCAUGAACUUGUUCAAUGACAUUACGCGACAGGCUCUGGGUACAAACUAUAGCUCAUACGAUCAAUUUGAGAAGGAUGAUCAGCUCCGAUUCGCGACAAGAAUUGUCAACAGGAAUGAAAGUUUCUCCAAAAAAAUAGCCCAGUGGGGGCAUAAAUACCAUUUUGGAAUCAAGGAGGGUGGCAAUAGUGAUACCGAGGCUCCCAUUGCUAACUUUAAGAAUAAGGAGAGGCCCAAAACCGGAAACGUUUUGCGGACCAGGGAGCUUGAUGAUCUUCCUGACUUAGAAGAUAUUGUUCUUGAACCAGGCGACGGUGAGGUGUGUGAGCCACUAAGCAGCGAUAUUUAUAUCUGGAUAGAAAGACAAUAUCGUAGAUCACGGGGAUUCGAGAUCGGGACGUUUAAUCCCACUCUGCUCUCCACAAUUAUGAAACAACAGUCAGACAAGUGGACGUCUAUUAGUCAUGGCUAUAUCAGUGACGUUAUUACCAUGGUCCACCAAUUCAUUUUAAAGGUGUUGGGUCUUGCCUGUCCCGAUACUCGAGUCUGCCAGAACUUAUUGUCUAUUCUGAUGGAUAAGCUUCUGGAGAGAUAUAAACAAUCCAUCGACAAAGUACGCUUUCUUCUCGAUGUCGAGCGAUCAGGUACUCCAAUGACACAGAACCAUUACCUGAAUGACACUCUGAGGAAAUGCCAGCAACAGCGGUCCAUGUCUCGCAUAACACAAAAGAUAUUCGAAGAUUCUGAACAUGAGAAAUUUGUCCGGGUCAGCGAUAUUACCGACAAAACUCACCUGAGCAAUGAAACACAUGCCGUGCAGACCAUCCAUGAUAUUCUUGAAUCCUAUUACAAAGUGGCGCGCAAGCGAUUUGUUGACAACGUUUGUAUGCAGGCCGUGGACUAUCACCUCGUGACUGGCCCGGAGACCCCUAUGAGGCUAUUUUCUUCAUCUUUCGUGGGCCAUCUUACAACAGAACAGCUAGAAGAAAUUGCUGGCGAAGAAGCCGUACUCAAGCGCAAACGACGUCGGCUAAAGAAAGAAGUCGCGGAUCUUAAAAUAGCUAAGAAAAUUCUAUUUUGA